AUGGGCGUGGUUUGGGGCGCUCGUGCUACAGACGCACAAAGGCCUGCCGAGGCCAUGGGUGGUGCAGUUUGUUCCCGUCAGGACGGCCAUGGCGCCGCCGCCGUCAGUGGUGGUGGCAUUGGGCGACAGGGGCACCCGUCUCGCUUCGAGGCCAACUCUCAUGCCCAGGUCCACGACAACUUCAGUGCCAACCUCCAUUACUACCACCCCUAUGACCACCGUGCCUUUUCUUCUCACCACAUUCACUCUGCACACCGCACCCUCUCCCCCAUUGUCGUCGAUGUCGCCUCGGCUCCCGACUUGGACGACGAUGAGGACGACGGCUGCUCCUCCCACACAACGCCCAUCACUCCAUACCCUCCUCACUCUGCCGUCCAUGGCCAGUUUCUGCAGCCGAGCCCCGGGUCCGAGUCCCGUCGCUCCAGUCUCGCUUUCCACGAGGAGUCGUCGUCCCCCCACGCCGCGCUCGCCUUUGCGGCGGACCACCAGCAGCCCCGGCCUCAUUCACUGCUCCCGGGCCCGCCACCCGGCUGCCGCGUGGACGGCGUUGACGGCACUGCCUCCGUUUGCCAACCGUCUAGGCCGCCAUCGUCCAGUCGGAGUGACCGGGUCCCCUUUCCGUCUGAUCGCCCCCCGGCGCGGAUGGCUGCAUACACCACCAACCUCGUGUUGCGCGAGGGUCCCCCCUUCGGCUCUCGCUCCCAUGCUGGUCCGGCCGGGGCCCAGGAAUCCACCCACAUGGCCCUUGACGACCCGCAGCACGGUUCCACUGGCCUGCCCCGUGCGGGAGAGCCCGACAGCGAGCCCAACACACCUCUCAUCGACGACGGUCUUGCCUCAACGGCCAGGCGGCCCCGAGGCAGGCCGCGGCUCGAGACCAGCGACGAAACGCCUGCUGAUCGUCGCCGCACGCAGGUUCGGCUCGCCCAAAGAGGGUUUCGCCAACGCAAGGAAGACCACCUCAAGAGCUUGAAGAGGAAGGUGACGGAGCUCGAGAGCGCCAACGAAAGCAUGUGUGCCGAGUUUGCCCAGUUUCACGACUUUUUGCGAGCGGAACGCGUUCUUGACGCCCAUCCCCUUGCUGCCAAACGGUUGCAGAUAAUCGCCGAUAGGUUUUUCGCCUCAGCUCUCGCGGCAAAGGAGGCCUGGGCCGGCAGCGGCGGCUCGCAGUCGUCGGACGUUGAUCACGAAUCGCUCUCUGGGCAUGGUGUCAGCGAAAAUACGGCGUCCAGCUCCGGUUUGCCCAGCCAGAUGCAGAGGUCUUCGGGCCUCGGCCACGCUCAGCAAGGGUAUUUCCCAGCAAGUGCGGCCGCCCCACCCCCCGGACCGAACCUUCACUUCCCGCUAUCCAUGCCUUACGAGAUUGCGACGCAGCCGACCGCCGAGAAUGCCAGCUUCCCUUUCUACGCCUCCAUGCAGUCCAUAUCUUCCGACAUGACGGGGCCAUACUACAACAUGAGCUCAGGCUCAACCGCCGUGAGCCCCAUGUCUCUUGCGGGGCAUGAGACUUUUGGCCGGCGGUUUCAACGGGCCAGCAUGGAGACCGGCUGGCGGCUGAUUACCAUGGCGAAUCCGCCGGCGGAGCGAUACGCGGCCGUCUUCGGCUUUCGUCUCUUCUUUGAGUCGCGGGAGACGAUUAUCCGCCGCCUGAGGUUGUUUUCCGCGGGCCCCUUUCAAUGCGAGCUCGUGCCCGCGCGGGACGAAAAACUGGAUCAUGGGAUGCGCAUGCUGUAUCCCGGAUUCGAACGCGAGUUUUUCAACGCGGACGAGGUCGAGACUUAUCUAGGCCGGCUCGGCAUCUCGAUUCCAGAAAACGCCGAGUUUAUCGAGGCGGAAGUCAAUCUCGGCAGCCUUGAGGAAGCCUCACCCCCAUGGUCUCCGUUUGCCGAUGAGCCCGAGGUGGCCAGAUCGGGGUCGUUUGCCGACUCGCAUGUCGGUUCGUCCGACUCGAUGGCCAGUAGCGCCAGCGGGCCUACUGCGAGCGCAAUCUGGCCGAACAACGGUCUCGAGGCGGAGAAACAGACGACAGCAUCGGCAGCCGGCGGUGGCGACGUUCAGCAGCCGGCGGCCGCAGCACUGGGCGGCAGCGGGACGUCGGGAGCGGCGGACGUGGAUGCGAGAUUCAGCACUUCGAUGUGCAUUCCAAGCGCUGAUAGCAUGUGGGCGUCGGCUGGAAACUGGGCGCGCACCAAGAUUGCGAUUGAUGUCAACAUGUUGAUCAAUGAAAUGGUGCAGAGGUCGAGGGCCUUUACCCCCCUGCUCUGGGCGUCUCCCGGAUCGCUGUCUCAAAUCUCGAUACCGACAUUUGGAAUCAUGGAUAUGGAGUAUGAAAAGCAGCAGCAGCAGCAGCAGCAGAAGCUGUCAGCCUCGGCUGUCGGAAUCAAACCCCGAAUCAUCAUCCACGGCGGCGCGGGUAAUAUCCAACGCGAGCACUUUCCCGCCGACAAGUACCAGGAAUAUCGCUCUGCCCUGCUGGCUAUCAUCCGCGAUACAGACGACUACAUGAACUCGAGUCAGUCCGAGAAACAUGUUGACGGCAAGGGCCGCCCCCGUCCCUCGGCCCUCGACAUCGCCUGCCAUGCCGUCGUCCUGCUCGAAGACAACCCACUCUUCAACUCGGGCCGUGGUGCCGUCUUCACCCGCGACGGCAUCAACCAGCUGGAGGCUUCCGUCGUCGUCUCCCGCGGUCACGCCAAGCACUGUGUCGGCGUCUCGGGCCUGCGCCACGUCCGCAAUCCUAUCCUCCUUGUCAAGCAAAUCCUCGAGUGCGGAGACCAAGAUCUCGCCCCGCGCCCCUCGCCUUUGUCCUCGUCUCUCGCGCCCGCCGACGACGAGCUCGACGUGCCGUCCGCUCAGGGACACACCCUGGUCUGGGGCCGCGCGGCUGAGCAGCUCGCGCGCGACUACGGGCUAGACCUGGUUGACCCCAGCUACUUCUUCACGCAGCAACGCUGGGAUGAGCACAUCCGCGGGCUGCAGCGCGAGAGGCACGGCCGCGGCGCCGCCACCUGGGCUGUCGACGAGUUUGUCCCCCAGGGCACGUGCGGCGCCGUGGCGCUCGACCAAGAGGGCGUCAUCUGUGCCGCCACCAGUACCGGCGGCAUGACCAACAAGCUGACUGGGCGCAUCGGUGACACCCCCAUCCCGGGAGCCGGCUUCUGGGCCGAGGAGUGGGCCGAGCACCGACAAGCCGCUGGCCGCACGGCCUGGGAGAGACUUGUCGACGCUGCGGCGCGGUCCAGUCCGGGCAUUACCCUGUCCGGUCCGUUGAGAGGCCUGCUCGCCGACUGUCUGCCCACGCCUUUCACAUACACGCCUCUCUCUUUCUUGUUGCCCUCCCAGCCCUCCUCCUCUUCGUCUCCUCUCUCCCCCUCCCGCACCGCCACGAUGCGCUCCCUCGGCGUCUCGGGCACCGGCAACGGCGACUCAUUCCUGCGCACCUGCGCCGCGCACACCGUGGCCGCCCUCGCUCGGCACAGGCCGCAGUCGACGGCGCACGCGCUUCGGGCCGUCGCCGGACCCCACGGCGAGCUCCAGCGCAGCGCGGGGGACCGCUGGGCCCGCACGGGCGAGGGCGAGGGCGGCAUGAUUGGCAUCGAGUGCGUCGUGGAGCGCGACGCCGCCAGCGGACGUGUCGUGCGCGCGCGGAGCGACGUCGUCAUGGACUUUAACUGCGGCGGCAUGUAUCGCGCGUGGAUCGACGACGAGGGCCGGCCCGUCAUGAGCGUCUGGACCAACGGAGCUCCGGAUCAUGACCGCCCGUCGUAA